AUGUCGGAAGAGCUUAACGAGGUUGCCCAGUAUAGCACCCUUGAUGGUGGGAGAGGAAUGGCGUUAGAAUACUCGGGAUUCCAGUGGCUCCAGAAUCGUCCCCCACCACGAGAGGUUGCUCCGCCGACGCCACCAUCUCCAAAGAUUCCGUUCAGUGGUGGUCCUGCCGCCAUUGCGAGGAACGACGAACUCAUCAAGGCGUUGACAGCAGCUCCCGAUGUCCUUUAUGAGAGGUUCUGUCAGUUUGGGCAGCUUGGGGUUUUGGGUUGGUGCGCGGAGUUCAGCGAGCUCGUUGAUGAAGUUAAAGCUCUUGGCCGCACUGGAGGGAUGGCUUCAGCUACACGAGACUGUGCCCUGGAAACUUGCCGAGAAAUUCUCAAGAUGAACUUGGAUGUAAAAAUGCAGCUUAUAAUCAUAUAUCUAUCGGGUCAGAUUUCUCGACUACGCGAGUUCCUCAAUGAAACUGGAAACGAAGAUUACCCUGUGCCGAAGUUCCCCCUUCCGUCACCAUCGGGAGAAUAUCCAUAA